GGGAGGGACCUCCUCUGACUCCCAUUAAAGACAGUAGCUAUAACGGAGCUGAGACAAGGUUGCAGCUGGCAGACCGAGGACCUCACUGAGACACACAGAGGAAGAGACAGUGUGUGAGAGUGUACGUGUGUGUCAAGGAGAGUGGAAACAGGCUGCAACAAGGGAGCCCAGAAAGACACUUGAUGUAACAGUGUGAAAGAGGCAGAGGCCAGUGCAGAGGAGACAGUAUAGAGAGGGAAGGAGGAGGGUUAGGAAGAGUGAGAGAGAGAGACAUUGGGAGAGAGAGAGAGAGAGAAAGAGGUAAGAAAGGGGAAGAGAAAGACAUCAGAGCGUGGAACAGGUCCUUUUUUGCAGACGAAGAAGCCCUGACAGUCAUCCUCAGCAGACAUGCCCAACUUUGCCGGCACCUGGAAGAUGAAGAGCAGUGAGAAUUUUGAUGAACUUCUCAAAGCCCUGGGUGUGAACGCCAUGCUGAGGAAAGUGGCCGGGGCGGCGGCUGCCAAGCCCCACGUGGAAAUCCGCCAGGAUGGUGAGCAGUUCUACAUCAAGACAUCCACCAGCGUGCGCACCACCGAGAUCAACUUCCACAUUGGUGAGGAGUUUGACGAGGAGACAGUGGACGGAAGAAAAUGCAAGAGCCUUGCCACCUGGGAGAAAGAGAACAAGAUCUACUGCCAGCAGACUCUGGUAGAUGGUGACGGCCCCAAAACCUACUGGACCCGAGAGCUGAAUGGCGAUGAGCUCAUACUAACGUUUGGGGCAGACGACGUAGUUUGCACACGGAUUUAUGUCCGGGAAUGAAGCCCAGCAUCCUCAUCAGGACAAGACAGGAUGGAAACCCAGUUGGCUACACCACAGCUGUUUUAAACCCAUCAGCCCUCUGUCAUGCUAACAUGCUUGCAGAUUUGCAAUGUGUCCUGUAUAAUCUCUCAGUAAAACGUGCAUAGUCUACACAUACAAUAGCAAUGUUUCUGUAAUCUGGUCAUUUGUGGUGUGUUACAGUCCUGAAGUACAGUAGCUGCCCGCUGGAUGCUCAGUGUUCAUAUCUGCAACCCUGUUGUCAUUUUGUUUUGGUAGAGUUUAAGCAUUCAUUAGGUAUUUGUGUUCAGUGACAAACAACAAUAAAAA